AGUUUUUCGUCGGAUUGGCUGUACCGUGACUGCGUCGUCGCCAGAUCUUUCGUGUGUGGUGUAUGUGUGCGCGAGAGAUAUACCGGAGCGAAGAGAGAACGUGCGUCCGUCGUGUACUUUCCUCGCAACAAGAAUAAUCGAGUCUGACGAUGAGUGAUCCGAAGAGUGGUGAAGAUUUGGCAACUGCUAUCCUUCGCAAGAAGGAUAGGCCAAACAGACUAUUGGUUGAUGAAGCUAUUGCAGAUGACAAUUCUGUGGUGGCUCUUUCUCAAGCAAAGAUGGAUGAGUUACAGCUGUUUCGAGGAGAUACUGUAUUACUGAAAGGAAAAAGGCGUAAAGAGACAGUAUGCAUUGUCCUUUCCGAUGAUACUUGCCCAGAUGAAAAGAUUCGUAUGAAUCGAGUUGUCAGAAAUAACUUGCGUGUACGUCUAAGCGAUGUAGUCUCUGUACAGGCAUGUCCUGAGGUGAAAUAUGGGAAACGUAUUCAUGUAUUGCCCAUGGAUGAUACAAUCGAUGGACUCACUGGAAACCUAUUUGAGGUAUAUCUAAAACCAUAUUUCUUGGAGGCGUAUCGUCCUAUUCAUAAAGAUGAUAAUUUCAUCGUGCGAGGAGGAAUGCGAGCUGUGGAAUUCAAGGUGGUGGAGACUGAUCCAGGGCCUUUCUGUAUCGUAGCACCAGAUACAGUUAUACAUUGCGAAGGUGAUCCAAUUAAACGAGAAGAGGAAGAAGAAGCUCUAAACGCUGUGGGUUACGACGAUAUUGGCGGCGUCCGGAAGCAAUUAGCACAAAUCAAGGAAAUGGUGGAGCUUCCUUUGCGACAUCCAUCUUUGUUCAAAGCAAUCGGUGUUAAGCCACCGCGCGGUAUAUUGUUGUAUGGGCCACCAGGAACUGGAAAAACUCUCAUUGCUCGUGCCGUAGCGAAUGAAACCGGCGCAUUUUUCUUCCUUAUAAACGGUCCUGAAAUUAUGAGCAAGCUGGCCGGUGAGUCCGAAAGUAAUUUGCGAAAGGCAUUUGAGGAGGCUGAGAAAAAUUCGCCAGCUAUUAUAUUUAUUGACGAACUUGAUGCUAUCGCGCCGAAACGUGAGAAGACGCAUGGCGAGGUCGAAAGACGUAUAGUGUCGCAACUGUUGACGCUGAUGGAUGGGAUGAAACAGAGUUCUCACGUAAUUGUAAUGGCAGCCACUAAUCGACCUAAUAGCAUUGAUGGGGCAUUGCGUCGUUUCGGACGUUUCGAUAGAGAAAUUGAUAUCGGUAUACCGGACGCCACCGGUCGACUGGAAAUUUUGCGAAUUCACACGAAGAACAUGAAGCUCGCCGAUGACGUUGAAUUGGAAGAGAUUGCAGCAGAGACUCACGGACACGUCGGAGCCGAUUUAGCAUCUUUAUGUUCGGAGGCGGCAUUGCAACAGAUUCGCGAAAAAAUGGAUCUUAUUGAUUUGGAAGACGAUCAUAUAGACGCGGAGGUUCUGUCUUCGCUUGCCGUGACUAUGGAGAACUUCAAGUAUGCGAUGACGAAGAGCAGCCCAAGCGCUCUACGCGAAACAAUCGUGGAAGUACCAACGGUUACUUGGGACGACAUCGGAGGCUUGCAAAACGUCAAGAUGGAGUUGCAAGAAUUGGUGCAGUAUCCAGUUGAGCAUCCAGAUAAGUUCUUGAAAUUCGGCAUGCAACCAUCAAGAGGCGUGUUAUUUUAUGGCCCACCUGGUUGUGGUAAGACACUGUUGGCCAAAGCUAUUGCCAACGAGUGUCAAGCGAAUUUCAUUUCUGUCAAAGGCCCCGAACUGUUAACUAUGUGGUUUGGGGAGUCGGAAGCUAACGUCAGAGACGUUUUUGACAAGGCAAGAUCAGCAGCACCAUGUGUAUUGUUCUUCGACGAACUGGAUUCAAUCGCAAAGUCUCGAGGAGGUACCGUCGGCGACGCUGGCGGAGCGGCAGACCGUGUGAUAAAUCAGAUUUUGACAGAAAUGGACGGUAUGGGAGCGAAGAAGAAUGUGUUCAUCAUAGGAGCAACCAAUCGUCCCGACAUCAUCGAUCCAGCUAUUUUACGACCCGGUAGAUUAGAUCAAUUGAUUUACAUACCGCUGCCAGACGAGAAGUCCCGGGAGGCGAUUUUCCGCGCCAAUCUCCGCAAAUCGCCAGUAGCUAAGGACGUAGACUUAAGCUACAUAGCCAAAGUCACACAUGGUUUCUCCGGUGCCGAUCUAACGGAGAUUUGUCAGCGUGCAUGCAAGCUUGCUAUUAGACAGUGUAUUGAGACAGAAAUUCGUAGGGAAAAAGAACGGGCGAGUAAUCCAUCCGCAUCCAUGGACAUGGACGAAGAUGAUCCGGUACCCGAAAUAACACGAGCUCAUUUUGAAGAGGCGAUGAGGUUCGCGCGUCGUUCAGUAUCCGAUAACGACAUUCGCAAAUACGAGAUGUUUGCGCAAACGCUUCAGCAGUCUCGAGGAUUCGGGACUAAUUUCAGAUUUCCACAGAGUGGCGCAGGCGGUACUCAGGAUACCACACAAGGCGAUCAAGCCUUUCAAGAGGAUGGAGAUGACGAUCUCUAUAGCUAAGUUCUCGUUUCCUUGUGUGUCAUUACAGUGAGCGUACGACAAAAGGGCCUGUCUGUUAUCACGCAACAUUUUGCACAGGAAUUCGUCUCUACGUGAUACAACAAAAGCAUCGAGAGCUUCGAACAGAUAAACAAGAAUAUAAACGGAAAUUUUAUAUAAAAGAUAUAUAUAAUUUUUGUGUUUAUAGAGAGGGUAGGGCUUGUGAACUCUAAAGGAUUCGUACAGUUAAGAGUUUUUAUUCGAAUAUAAAAUAUCGAUCGAAAUUA